UAAUACCCCGGAAGGCGGGGAACGCGGAAGAGGCCGAGGCAGGCGCGGAGGAGUCGGGCGCGGAGAGGGUGAUGGAGGCCGGGCCGCCGCGGCCGGUGCUGCGCUCGGUGAACUCGUGCGAGCCGUCCCAGGUCAUCUUCUGCAACCGCAGCCCGCGCGUCGUGCUGCCCGUGUGGCUCAACUUCGACGGCGAGCCGCAGCCCUACCCGACGCUGCCCCCCGGCACGGGCCGCCGCAUCCACAGCUACCGAGGUCACCUUUGGCUCUUCCGAGAUGCAGGGACAUCUGAUGGGCUUCUGGUUAACCAAACUGAACUAUUUGUGCCAUCCCUCAAUGUUGACGGACAGCCUAUUUUUGCCAACAUCACACUGCCAGUGUACACCCUGAAGGAACGGUGCCUCCAGGUUGUGCGCAGCCUAGUCAAGCCUGAGAACUAUAGGAGACUGGACAUCGUGAGAUCCCUCUACGAAGAUCUGGAAGACCACCCAAAUGUGCACAAAGACCUGGAGCGGCUGACACAGGAACACAUUGAAAAUCAGCGGAUGGCCCAGGAGACUGAAGGGUUGGAUUGAAAUUUGCACCCCUCGGUCUCAGCUUUGGACGAUCUUGAUCUAGAUAUAGGACUGGUCACUCACUCUCGGCUUCAAGGUGUCUCAUCCUUGGAGUAAAAAUGCUCCAUUGUUUGAAAGAAAGUUAACUGAGCUCACUGGGCAUUGUGCUUUUAAGGGCAAAAUGUAAUUUAAUGCCUCCCCCUUCUUGAAGUAUUUAUCAAGGGAAGGUAGUUGCAUUUUUGCCUCCUCGUGAGUCCAGAAAGUUUCCGUGUAAGGACUUCAGUGUGAGUAAUUCAGUGAGAAUCGCAGCCUAUUCUUAAAUUGUGAGAAAACAGUGGCAUCUGCUUUCUAGUGCUGUAUUGUGGUUGGUGAUGUGUCCACCUCCGGCUCGGAGAGACCAAGGUGUCCUUGAGCCCAGACAGACCCCAGUGCCUCGCACAUCCUGAGCCUUCAGUCAGUGUUUGUUGAAUGAACAAACUAGUGGAUACUUGGGGAGAAAGUGUUUAGAAGUCUUGACAUCUUUUUUUUUUUGAGGUGAGGAGGGUAGUGGGGACCUUAAAGUGUGUACAAAAAACACAUGUUUUAAAGGGAAUCAUUUUUCUAGAGAGCAGUUUUUAAAAUUUUCUAAAUUUUGCGCUUCUCUUGGUCCACUGUUGCUGCAGGGCCAUUUUAUUUGUUUAUAAACUGGGAUUAGCUUUCUGUAGUUCUCGUGAUGAUAGCUUUUUUGAAACCUGAUAUCUACACAGAAGAUAGGAGAAAACAGCUGUCCCCUGGUUUCAUCAUAGUAUGAAGGAGCUACCCCUCUAAAUAGGUUUUUCCCAAGUGUGGGUAUUACUGUUUCUUUUUGUAAACCCAUGACAUUUUGCUUGGUUUAGCAGUUUUCAUCAGGCAGGAUCUGGUGACACUGCACCUGACGGGAGGAGAGGACGAAGCCGUCCAGCCUCUGGGAAGUUACUGCUAACACGCGGUAGAUUCAGAGAGUAGCGUGGAAUGCUUUCUAGUUUUAUACGUGUACAAAUCCUUUCAUAUGUGCUGGACUGAAAGUCAUUAACUCAAAUUCAAUAUUUCAGUCAGGCAUCCUUUUUUGGUAACUAAUAGUUAAAAAAAAAACAACCAAGAAACCCCCCCGACAAAACUCCCCAGUAGAGAACAUUUUGAAAAAGACACAAAAAUAAAGGGAAGAAAAGAAUUCCAAGUAGGUACACUACUUAAAUACAACCACUAACUUGACAUUUUGAACUUUCAGCCUUUUUUAGGGCUUUUGGUUGGCUUGGUUUUACAUAGUUGAGAUCAUACUGAAUAUACAGUUUUUGUAUUCUACUUUCUCAUUUAACUUUAUAACUUAAAUAUUUUUCCAUGAUGUUAUUAUAAGCUCUUCAUAGACAUGAGUACAGCCUUCCUUUUAUAAAUAAUGUUGGGAUAUUUCUUGGCAUCUUUAUUAGUUCCUGUGCUCUGAUAUCAGAGUGAAGUGAAUGCAGCAAAUGCCUUACAGUUUUCCCACCUAAUCUUACUCUCCUCUUCCAACAUGCGGCAGAUAAGUUGUCUUUUUGUUUUUUCUUUUUUUUUCAGCCCAUGGUUGUGUUCAUUCCGUGACACACCUCUCAUCUUUCUGUUGAAUUGCCGGGUAGGGAGGAAGGAAUGCUGGCAUACGAGACAGCCACAUGGGUUCUCAAGUGCAUAGGAUGGGAGAUUUAAGGAGGUUGGCUGGUGCUGGAUUAGUUCAAUGUUGGUUUGAUUAUUAUUUUUUUAACCUGUCUCUGUGUCAAAGUGAGAGUUCAUGUUCCUGUUAAAACAUGUAGUUCGAGUACUGUAUUUUUUGUGUUGUCCAAGGAAGACUGAAAACCUGUAGCAUGUAUGUAUUCUUUUGAAAUCUUAUGAAUGUAUUAAAUGUAUUGCUCUUAA